GUCGGGGGUCUCAUACCUCAUUAUAUAUUUAGUACCUUGCUUUGCAGUGAGGGAAGUGUAGCAAUGGCCAUGGAGCAAACGGCGCUAUUGUGGGCUUUGCUUGAUACUAGGGAGUUUGGCGAAGUGAAAAGGCUUCGUCCGGAACGGAUUGAUUUGGUGGCUUUGCAUCCAAGCCUUGGGGUCACUAUGAUUGUGCAUUCAAUAACCCAGGGCCUCCGAAAGGGAGACGAGGAGGCGAUUGACACCAUUCAAUGGCUCCUCAGUUUGGGCGCAAGUUUCUUGCAAAAGUGCAACAAUAGCCGCUGCAGACAUUCGAUGUGGAAGGCCGACAACAAAGAUGCUACAAUAGUGACGGUCACCUAUGCUUGCCACUCAGCAGUUUCAUAUGUCGCUGCCUGGAAAAGUUUGCUUAGCCAGCGGAAGGAAGAUUGGUCCAGAGUGCAAGCUUAUCUAACCAAGGUUUUGAGAUGCUUCACAGCCCAAAGUGAGGCAUUGCCUCAGGCAAGGAUUUCCAUCCGCCAAGGCAUUGUAGAUUUAUGGGAGCGAUGUUUGAUGGACACAUCCUCGCAGGACUUGACCUUCAAUACAGCUGAUGGAGAAGUAACCGCUCACAGUCACGUGCUCGCUCAAGCAUCACCAGUGGUGGCUGCAAUGUUGUCAAGCCCGAUGAAAGAAGGACAAAAGUGUCUCAUUGAGGUCAAAGACGCUUCAAGUAAUAGCGUGUCGCUCUUUCUGGAGCUUUUGUACACAUGCUCAACCAAGUUGGACCCUGACUACCAGAUGGUUUUGCAAGCGUUGGACGUUGCUCAUCGUUGGCAAGUGGAAGUUGUGGUCACAAUCCUCGCAGACUUGCUCCAAGGGAUGAUCACCGAUGAGAGCUUUGUGGCGAUCGCAGAACAUUCUGUCCUGAAGGGCUUGGAGAAUCUGAAGACGGCUGCAAGACGAUUUGGAGCAGAAUCUGCUGCUGUGCAGGCUGCUGCUUGGGGAACCCAUUUUGCUAGUGGUCCUGGCUGGGGGAUCUCUUUACUUCAAGACACUCUUCCCCACGACAGCCUUUCUUCAGUUGAGGCUCAGCUGAGGGAGGGCCGCUUGACAAAGACUGUGCUGCAGCUUUUCCCAGAUGCCCCCUCGCCUGAAGCGUCGAUGCCGGUGAAGCGUCGACGGCUCUGAGCGGUCUCACGGGACAAAAAGACCUGCAGCACCUGAGACAAAAACACAGCAGCUGGUCUUCAGUGGGG